CCAGUCAGACGUCCUGGUGCUAAAGAUCUUGUUGAAAGAACGGAAGCUCUCUCCGUAGCUCUCAACAUUGAUCUGUCAAAGCCAGUUAUAAAUGUUGACACUCCACUUCUCAAACGAAUACCGGGACGAUCUUCUUCUGCUGCACCGAAUGCUGCUCCUCCGCGACCACCACCACCUAGAUCAGCAGUAGCUGAGGAAGUGACAGAACAGGCUUCAGCAAUGCUAGGUGCUCUCAAGGGUCAAGGUUUGUCUCUGCUGAAGAAUCUGAGAGAAAAGUCCUCAGCUGUGGUUCAGAAAGUCCAAGUUUGGGAGUCUGAAGGCUGUAAAAGGUCUCUAACAAUAUCAAAGUCACUCUCGUCCGAAUUGGAUGUUGGUGAUGUUCUUCUAGAUGGGCAAGUCACAUUGCUCAUGUCGUACAGUAGGUCGGACCAGAGCGAUACCACAUCCAAGGUUUGGGAGUCUGAAGGCUGUAAAAGGUCUUUAACAAUAUCGAAGUCACUCUCGUCUGAAUUAGAUGUGGGAGAUGUUCUUCUAGAUGGGCAAGUCACCCUGCUCAUGUCGUAUAGUAGGUCGGAUCCGAGUGAUACUACAUCCAAGAAAUUUAUGUUUUCUGUUGUGUUUCACACCAGCACCGCAGAGGAACUCAUGAAAUUUGCUCGAUCGGAUAUAGACAUUAGCGCGGUCGAAGAGAACAACAUACCACCUGACUUUAGGUCGGUUUCAUUUCUGUUUAUUUCAUUUUAUAAACUUUUGCUGUCGCACUUUGUGUUGUGCGCAUUACGUGAGUAACG